AUGGAAGAGGCUGUGCGAUGUUUUCUCGACUUUGAGCUUGGAGAACUUGUCACAAUUGAGCUCGUCAUUUUGCCGAUUGCUUUCAUUAUGCAUACAUUCUGUUUCUACAUUAUCACCAAACAUACGCCGAUGUCGAUGAGGGAAUAUCGGAAAUAUUUGUACGCAGUACAGAUUUGUCUCGUCGUUUGGGAUCUGAGUAUGGGUAUCUUCAUCCGUCCAUCAUUCAUCUUCCCAACAAUGGCCAGUGGUUGCACUGGUCUCUUCAGCUAUUUCUUUCACUUGGAUUGCAAUAUUCAAUGUAGUUUCAUGUUCUUCGAGAUCUCUCUUACAUUCACAGCACUAGCAACGGCUCUCGUUUAUAAACGAUUUCAAAUGGUGCCACCGGGCAACAAAAUGCUCUCUGAGAGGCGGCAAAAGCUAUUGCUGAAUUUGCUCGGAUUAGCCUUUCAAACAAUUACUUCUAUAUUUUUAUACCUUGGCGGUCUUGGAGCAAAUCCGAUAAUCACUACUGACCCCCGUCUCCAAUAUGUGACCACAGUCCAUUACCAGUUAAACACUUUCAUAACUCUCUGGUUUGCUGGAGUAUUCAGCUUUGGCACGUGGAAGCUUUGUCUUUGCGUUUAUUUCAUCAUUGAUAUUUUCGCUCGAUUAAAGAAAAUGAGUGAUGGAUUGUCGGAGAGAACGCAACAAAUGCAACGAUGUUUUGCGGUGACAUUAAUGAUACAACUCGCUGGAACGAUUUUCUGCUUCUACUUGCCGCUGAUGAUUUGCUUUGUGGCCGAGUAUCUGAGUCUCUUCAAUAGCAGUGAGAUUUCGAAU